CUUUAUUCAUGGCAGUGCAGUGGCUGCCUCCACUCCAGCUGUGAAUUCAGUUCUCGUGGGUGUGUCUCUUUCAAAAACAUCAUCCAACACACAGGCGCCAUGUGUCCAUGCCGCAAUGCAGUGCCGCCAUCGAUGUGUGCGUGUGCAUGGUGUGUCUCGUCACUUACCCAGUCGGCGUGUGUGUGACGAGUGUCCGUCGUCUUUACAUAUGUGCGUGUGUGUGUGUGUGUGAAUUGCAUGACCCUGUGUGUCUGACUGGUUGGUCGAGCAAGCUAAGCUACUUGUGGUCCCGGCCCGCACGUCAGAGCCGCCGUCACCAGCUAGCUACCACCGUCUGCACACAUCACAUGCAGACAGACAGUAUACACAUGUGCAUAUGAUGGAUGUCUGCUGCACCCACCCACCUGCUGUCUUGCGCACGACGCAGACGGCGUCCCAGGCCUUUUUGUUGACGGUGCUGAUGACGCCGGUGUGGACCUCACAGUCGCCCUUCUUAUGGUUGAUCUCAUACCCGGUGCACGACGGGGUGUCGAGGCACUUGUCGGCGCACUUCUUGUGCAUCUCCUUCUUCUUGCCCUUGGCGUCGUCGAAUGUGUACUUCGUGUAGUCCCCCUCCUCGUUCUUGCACGCCCCCGGGUCGCACCGACAAGCACCGCCUGACGGCCUCUCUGAUCAGAUCAAAGGCAGGCAAUUAAGGCAUGCGUGGCCGAGUGGAUGCAUAUGGACGAUUGAUUCCUUUGUCACCGAAUUCGCUAUCUUGCAGGCCCCGUAGUUUGCUGUAAGUCUCAGCCUGCACACAGAUGGACAAAAGAGAGAGAGGGCAGAUCCAUCCAUAUUCCAUCCGCCCUCACCACAAUGCGGACGUCGGAAGCGGUGACCGUCAGAUCUUUCUCCCGGAACACGAUUCCCGCAACCCCUGCGGGCAAAUGGACAGAUGCCACCAUAGAUCUAGCGUGCCGUGGUGUGUGUGGCCAUCAUCCAUCCAUACCAUGCUGUGUGUGGUCUUCAACGCCACUGUCAUUCUCAGCGGCCACGCUGGCGAUGUUCACCCGGUCAUGGACGCCCACACCAUCGCUGGCAUGCGUCGUGGGCAGGCUGGUGAGGCCAACAAGGCCAGCAGCAACGACAAUCAACGCAAAGAGGCGCAUCUUCUCCGCGUCUGGCUUGGCC